UAAAAAAAAAAAACACCCAAAAAACACCCCAAGCGUCACGGACCGGUGCAGCAGCCGUGUUCCCAUCACGAAGAGAGAGAGAGAGAGAGAGAGCGGGGCUGAACAGAAAGCAACAUCACCGCCUUUUCCAUCCAGCAUCUUCACCAACCAACACCGAACUCGAGUGGGAACACACAAGUACACUGUCCUCCGGUGUCCAGAGUCCCCCCCUCCUCCUUCUCCUCAAAAUGUCCGUGGGCAGUGACUUUGGGAACCCUUUAAGAAAAUUCAAACUCGUCUUUCUGGGGGAGCAAAGUGUUGGAAAGACGUCUCUGAUCACACGGUUCAUGUAUGACAGCUUUGACAACACAUAUCAGGCCACAAUUGGGAUUGACUUCCUGUCGAAAACCAUGUACUUGGAAGAUCGAACGCUUUCUCUCUCUGAACCCCAGGUGAGGUUGCAGCUCUGGGACACAGCGGGACAAGAGCGCUUCAGGAGCCUCAUUCCCAGUUAUAUACGGGACUCCACUGUGGCUGUGGUGGUCUACGACAUUACAAAUGUUAAUUCAUUCCAGCAGACAUCGAAAUGGAUCGAGGAUGUGAGGACAGAGAGAGGAAGUGAUGUCAUCAUUAUGCUUGUCGGCAAUAAAACAGACCUGGCAGAUAAGAGGCAAAUCACAAUUGAGGAAGGUGAACAGAGGGCUAAAGAGCUGAGUGUCAUGUUCAUAGAGACCAGCGCCAAGACGGGUUACAACGUCAAACAGCUGUUUCGGCGUGUGGCAGCCGCUCUUCCAGGAAUGGAAAGUAUGCAAGAAACAAGCAAAGAAGGGAUGAUCGACAUCAAGUUGGACAAACCGCAGGAGCCCCAGACUACUGAAGGCGGCUGUUCCUGUUAAUGCUCAGCACCGUCCUGGAAAAACAUCAUUUACACCACAUGCUUGUUAUGUUGCUUCCUAUUGGUUAACCUGCAGUUGACUUUGCACGUUGAGAAUCUGGCCUCCUCACCUGACCACUGGUCAUCGGUUGGAACUAGCAAUAUGUGAAUUUGGUUCUAAAGUAGUGUAACCUACUUUGUUAAUGAAACUGCCAAAAAGUCUUACAACUUGCAAAAAAAAAAAAAAAAAAGAUCCCCAAGUUGCAUAUGUGGAUACAGUUUUUUUUUUAAGUAGAAAAGGAAGUUUCCCCAGUUUCUUUUUUGUAUAUUUUUGUAUAUUCAGGGAUGUCCCUCCGGAAAGGUUGUUUUUUUAAAAGAUGCAAACAACUAAGCUCUGUAUUUGAGAGCUUGAUAAGAACAGAUGGUUCUAGACGUAUUUUUAUGGAUCCCACUCUUGUUACAGGCAAAAAUGGAGAUCCUUCCCACAUUAUACCCAAAUGUUAACCACGUCAAACUCUUACCUAACCUGUUACAUAGCCAUUUUUGACUUUAUACCUACACUUAACCAUCUCAAGGCUUAUUACCGAAACAUAACCAAAACCUAAACCCAGCCUUCCGGUCCAGCCGGCCAAUCACAGCACUCCUGCACAUAACCCCUGUGGGAUCCAUAACUUUGCGUUCUAGACGUUACAGGACAAACUGAACAGUAACAUCUUGAGUAUCUAAUGCAUGCCUAGUUUUCCAGCAUAGGUACUGUCUACCAGUGUACACAAGUUUGAAUAUGUAAAUGGUAACAUUACACCAGUGACUUAAUGCACUCUGAUAAUGACUAGUCCAAGUCUUUUUUUGUUUAUGAAAACUAUUGAACUGGAUUUGUAUACUUGCCUUCAGAAUAUCUUUGUCGUGCGUGUGUGUAAAUGUGUGCUUUCUGUAUAGGCAACGUUAGAAUGCAGUUAUAUAGAGGGCCACUGCCAAGUCGUGUCAUUGUUGCCACAUUACGGCACCAUUUAGGUCACCAUUUGUUUGCAGUAUGUCAUAGACUCCCCCACUCACAACAAUAUGACAUCUGCUGUUGCGUUGUGUAAUAUCUUGGUAGUUUGUGAUUAUGGUAGUCUGCACAUACGCUGUAAGUGAGCAGUGGAGAAUCGAAGCCCUUGCCUUGUGACACAGAGGGACAUAAACACAACGUUCCCUGUGUGGUGAUCUGUAGACUUUAAUGCAGGUUCUGUGAUCAAAACAGACCUUUAACAUUGUUUCAUUCCUGACAAAAGACUAAUUUGCACAUGUAGACCUUUCAGGUUAAUAUGAAGUUAUGAAAAGCUUCAUUGUAAAUGUACAGUCACUUAAUUCAAGACCUGUCUGAUUGUCAUAGAAACUGUCAUGUAACGUGUCCCCACUGAGAUGAGAUUUUCUUUGCUGCUUGUGUUUAAACUGACUACUGACGUUGGCGUUAUGCAUUGUUGCAAUGUUGUUUCAAUUUGUUCUUUUUUCUUUGCUUUUUUUUUUUUUAGAGCCAGGUAUCAUAACAUACUGGUGGUGAAGUCAGCCAGUGUUGAGAACACUACUUUGAUUUGACUCGUCUCUGAAGUGAAAUCUUACUGCACUUUUGAAGAACAUGUUUUAGAGUUAGAGUGACAUUGUAAGUCUUAGAAACAUGGUAAAAUAUACAUUUGGAGUACUGUGUCUUAGAGUAGACUCGAACAUUUCUGAAUUGUUCACACAUGUCCAAAAGGGGGAGCACUCGUGAAAACUCGCGAACCUUUCUAACCCACUUAAUAAGCCAAAUGAUAAUAACACUGAGAGACAGAGUUGGAUCAAAUGUCACAGGAGAGCUCGACUGGAACACACUCUUUUCUGGGUUUGGGAAUGAGAGAGACAGGUUGCAUUUAAAAAAAAAAAAGUCAUAAUGUAUCAACCCUCUGUGUUGCUGCCUAUUUAUUAUCUGUAAACAGGAAUGUACUGCUCUCAUUACCGACCACACAGCCUUGUAAGGAGAGCACUUUUUUGAGGAAUGACUCAGUGGGUAUUUAUUUUUUAAUGAGGACAAAUGAUUAAUCAAUCACUGUAGACUUUCCUUUGUAUUUAUUCCCCUUACAUAUUAAAGUAGAGUCCAGCAUUAUCAUUUUUAACAUUCCCUGGAAAUGGACCAAGUAAUGCAACAGAUGUCUUUGCAUGUCGGGGGGAGGGGGGGGGAGAUGUUCUGUCACAGCUCUGUGCAGCAGACCUGAUCAGUCCAGAGCUGCCUCUCCAUUCACACUGUACAGAGAUCUAGCAUGUCUCUCCAAAUGAUUAAUAAAGAUGUCUUAUUACCGAA